CAGCAACACACAAUGGCCAAGCUCAAGAAGGGUAAGAGAAAUAACAAGGCGCGGACAAACCCGAUCGCCAAGACCACCUCCGUGAAGGAGCAGCAGAAGGACGAGCAGACGCGCCAGUCGAAGGUGCUUCCGUUGAUCCAGAAACUUUCUUCCACUUCUCCCAACGAGCGUGCGAUGGCGAUCCAGGCCAUUUCCGUGUUGUGUGAGGACGAGCGCUUGCGCACGCUUUUCUUGAAGGAGCGCCUUAUCAACAUCAUUUUGGAACAGUGUCUCUCAGACAACAACGACGAGAUCAUCGUGGAAAGCUUGGGGUUGUUGCGCAACUUGACCCUUGAGCAGGGCCACGAGGUAGCAAUGCACUUGUGGCGCUCAAACAUCUGGGUGACGCUUGCGAACGGGUUUGAGAAGGCGCAAAAGUCGUUUGAGGCGAUCCAUGCAGACCCAGCUGCGGUCGACAAGUCGAAGAAGGCGUUGCUUUUUGACUUUGCAGACAACCUUUUGGCGUUGACGACGGAGUUGGCCAACACAAACGAGGAGCUCUUUGACCAGAUCUUUGGGCGGAUCGAUGGCGUGUUGGCGUUCGCGGUUGGCGUGUUGAACUGGAACAUCGCGAAGCAGGAGGUGGUCAUCAGCGUGAAGUUGUUCACGACGGUGUUGGACUUUUUGUACAACUUUAGCAACCAGUCGGGCGCGUUCAUCGAGAAGUUGAUAGCCAGCUUUGACUUCCAGAAGUUGAUGGAGUUUGACCAGACUUUAAACUUGAACAAGUUAUCCAAGACCUACAUCCAGUGCAUCAAGUUCCACGUCUUUGAGUCAAAGUUUGAGGUCACCAGCGAGGAGGCUCAGCAGACAAAGCAGCGCACCACCGCCGAGAUUUUAGACACGGUCUCCGGUAUUGUCACCACCGUAGAUAUCAAGGAGUGCCAGGCCAAGAUCACCAAGCUCAACAGCAAGACCAUCGAAGACAAGAACAGCAAGGUGUCGGAGCAGGACUCACGCGAGUUGAACCAGGCCAGAACCGACAUCGAGUCCAUUGGGAUCGCUCUCGAACUCGUCACUGCCUUGUUAGAAUACGCCUCAUUGAACGAGUUAGAUGUCCAAGAGUCGGUCACCCUUUCCCCGGAAAUGACGACCGUGGCCUUUGAAAAGUUGCCGCUAUUGCUUAUCGAGCUUUUGGUCAACUUCCCGGAGUUCCACAACCGCUCCUUGAUGGCUCUCAAUAACUUGUGCUGGUUUGGGCUCUCUGUCAGCAACGACAUUCCCAUCUCCUGGGUGGGGCAGACGUUGCAGAUCUGGGAGUUUAUCGCCCAGAACAUUUUGAACUUUGCUGCUCCACAGGAGGGCGAAAGCAAGUUGUUGGCCACCAAGCUCGAUGCCACAAACGUUUUGUGGGCCAUUUCCAAAACCUUGCCGAUGGAAAUCCUUGCCACCCACAUUUCCUUGGACACCGUCAACUUGUUGAUUCAACAGUCGCAGUCAAUCUUGAAUCCAGUCGGUCCAGAGCCCCUUGCUGGCGGCCAGGGCCAGACAAUCAACUUGGACUUGGACACGAUUCAGUUGAACAACGACUUGACCGCGCGCAUUGUUGGUUUGCUCGCAUCGGUAGCCUCUUCUAUCGCUGCCGGAGACAUGGCCAUCACCGCUACCGUCAUGGACUACCUCGUGAACCUCCCAGCGUUGUUGCCGGUUGUUGAGGCGCCGAUUGUAGUGGAGGCGUUGAACGGUGUGUAUGACGUCUUCGGCCAGGACCUGGACGAGUUGGAUCGGUUAUUUGUGGAGAGAGGGUACUUGGCGGUGUUGGCGGGAUACCAGACCAAAGUUAGGGACAUGUACAAGCAGUUGGACAAGAGAAGAGUAGGUGAGUUGAAGGUGAAGGCCGAGGAAGCGUAUUUGAACUUGGGGCGUUUCAUCGACUACAAAAACUGAUGGGACAAAGCUCUAUCAGUUUCUUGGAAGAGGUUAGUGGUCUGUAGGAACGAGUUCCAGACAAGGUCCUGUGUAAUGUAAUUAUAAUGAAAAUGACUUUUGUA